AUGGGCGUUGGGGAGUUGGUGGGCGGGCGGGUGAGGAUAGGGUUUCGCGCUUUUUAUGUCCCGAUGUGGGACCCACGGUGGCCGGCUAAAAGGAUAUCUCAACAGCGAUGCAUACUAUAUAGCCUGCGGAAAAAAUUGGUUGCCUAUAAGCACAUACAGUGGAAUGUCGGGGUCGGACCCACAGCAAGUUUCACACAAGCUAUAUCAAGCAUCAUUCGGGAGGAAAAGAUGAGGUCGGAUGGUCCCUUUGAUCACGUAAUAGAGGUGGAUAUGAAGCAAGCAUCAUGGUCAAGGACGAUGCUCAACAUUAAUGACAGACUGGCCAUCGAAGUGGCAGAGCAGCUCGGUCUGCUCUCUCUCAACCAAGAAUACAGAAGGCUCAAGGAAGAGAAUGAUGAGCUGCGGUACUAUACAUACGGGACGAUGGAUGGCAGUGGCACAGACUCACACUCGCUACAAAUCUUGUCAAGGUCAAUGGUUCCUCAGAUCCUCCAAAAGUUGUUGGGGAAGAGAUACAUGCUUGUGGUUCAGAACCUAGACGAGCCCAUCAAUGUUGAUGUUUUAACACGGGGGGCAGGUUUUCCUGCUCCUGCGUGGGAAGGCUCUUUCUGGCUCAUGUCCACCACCUCCAUAGAUGUCUAUGAUGAUAGCAAGUCAUCAGAUAAUGAUCAGUGUGCCAUCCAAUCCUUUAGUGGGGAUGAUAUAUUGAUCCUUACUGCCUACUCGUUACAUCGAGCGGCUAAGCACACAUCUAAUGUGAUCGGCAACAAAGACGAGCAGCAUUGGCACCUUGUGGCCCUUUGGUGCUUCCACUACGCUCUAAUAUUUCUCAAUCCCUUAGGUGGCAUCGGCGAGUCCUUGAACAGUGAUGUCGAACUCCCUUCAACCUCGUUCUUCCAUGAAUAUGAAGAGUUUCUUUGGAAGCAAAAGGGCCUUUAUGUCUAUAAUAUUAGUGGUCUCAAAGAACAUCUCGAGGACAUCCCCACCUUGGCCAUCCUACGUGCUGCCCGUGAGGUGGAGGACAUCAACCCACGCGUUGCCUACCUCUGUCGACUCUAUGCCGUGGACAAGAUUCUUCCUGAUCGGCUGAGAUCCCCGGAUCCAUGGCUUCCACGUGAGUAUGACCCGUACAAAGAGAGACUCCGCAUAUGGGAGGUUCAAUGCAACAUACAUUCCCCACUUAUGGCAAGGGUCAAACGCAAUGACCCUCGAGAAAUGAAGAGUUUCUGCCAGCACUACCACAACAAGUACAUCCAGGAAGUGCUCGAUGAUGCUGAUACAAUGGACCGGAGCCAACUCAGUACAAGGUAUGAAACUGCUGCUGUGCUAUCUAAUGUACUAUCUGCUAUGCAUCAAGCGCUCAGGAGUCGUGGUGCACUGGAAGAAGAUAUUACCUCAGGCUCAGAUAAGCAUGAGUUAAUAUGGCAAUGGGCCUCCCAUGGCAUCCUACUUGCCACCAAAGGAGCUGUCCGAGAAAGAAUAGGGGAGGUGACGGUGACGGACAGCUACCAUGGCAAAUCCAAUGAUGACAGUGCAUAUCAAGUUGGAAGUGUCAUCAUUGAGACUUUUCGGGAGUACUCAUUGCUGCAGCUACCCUUUUCUUCUCAAGUUUUUGAAGCCGGUGAGGCCGACAAGACAGCUGCACACUUCUUAUCAUAUCACAGCCUCAUUGCAGAGCAACUAGCUAUAGAUGAAGUUUGGGAUUUCCAGCAUCCUAGGUUGGAGCACAUGAGUUGCUUUUCCUCAAGGGAUGCCGUAAACUCACAAAUCCAUUCAGCUUCCCAUGUACCAAAAGAACUACUCUCCCAGGAAAAAAAUAGCAACAAUAGGAUUAACUUGCUCUACCUAGAUCUCUCCUACUCAAAUGUAGAAACUUUUGAUAGCGACUUCUUCCAUAACAUGCCCAAUCUACAAGAGCACUUGCUUGUCGGUUGCUCCGACCUUGUGGAGUUGCCGCCCUCCAUUGCUAAGCUGUCUAGCCUAACAACACUCAAGCUCACAAGGACUCGGAUAAAAUCUUUCCAUUACUGGGAGAUGUUUAACAACAUGAAGGAGCUCCUAUCAUUUGAGCUAAUUAACAAUUGCAAGUUUCGAACUGAGGAAGAGCUAAAACUAGAAGGGCAUCCUACCCUGAGAUCAUUCUCAUUGGUUGCCGCACCCUAUAUAAGGAGAUUGUCCUUUAAUGGAUGUAGAAAGCUGGAGUCUGUGGACAAUCUCAAGGAGCUUGAUGCUUUAGAGGAGCUUGAUCUUUCUGCUACAGGUAUCAAGGAGAUCCCAAUCGACAUCCUUAAUCUACCCCGGCUUGGACGAUUGCUUCUCAUAGGUGUUCCUGCUCUAAGGCGCUUUCCUUGGCAUGAUCUGAAGCGACUCCCAGAUAUGUUUUGCUUGGAUCAGAGCUUGGAGGGAAAUGGAGUUCAUUCCAGUCCACAAGUUGCUCAGGUGGUGAGCACCAACGAUUCCAGAUUGUUUUAUAGGUUCAACAAGAGCACUGUGAAUUUAGUAAGGAGUGGACAACUUUUCAAGUCUUUCUACAUUCAAGUUAAAUCAUGUAUCUGA